CUCCUCUCUCCGGUCCAAAUUCCGAUCGCCGCCGCCAACUACCUCUCCGACCUCCGUCAAGCCAUCUCCAAUUCUCACAUGAUUCCCUUUCCUCUCCAACUUUGAUGCGACGAUCGAAUGCACGAAAUCGGGUGGCCUCAGAUUCCAACAGCGACAAUAACAGCAAAAAGAUGAUGGAUCCGGCAAUGAAGCUCCAGCUCCGUUCCGCAACCACCACCACAACCUCCUCCCCCAGCCGCCCCAGCCUCUUCCCCCGCCACAUCCCCAAACCCUCCACAACCACCACCUCAAAAUCACGAUUCGCCUGCAUCGCAACCCUUCUUUUAACCCUCCUCUUGCUCCUUACCUACAAAAUCAUUUCCUCAAAAUCAUCACCAUCAUCUUCUUAUUCCUCUUCCCACCAACGGGUACGCUAUGGUAUAAUCAUAGACGGUGGGAGCACGGGUACGCGGAUCCACGUGUUGCGUAGUGGUGGCGGCGGCGGUAUUAAGGAGAGGGAGUUGUUGGAUUUGGGGUCGAUGAGGGUGAACCCUGGGUUGUCGUCGUUCGCGAAGGAUCCAGAAGGUGCGGGGAGGUCCAUUUCGGAGCUUGUGGAGUUCGGGAAGGGGAAGGUUCCCAGGGAGAAGUGGGCCCACACCGAGAUUAGGCUCAUGGCCACCGCUGGGAUGAGGUUGUUGGGCCCUGAGGCCCAAGGGAGGAUACUGGAGGCUUGUAGGAAAAUGGUAAAUUUUAAGUUUUCUCAGUGUGUAUUCUUGAUCAAUGGAAUGAUAUGUUCUUUUGACUUAUUCUAUUUUGGAUACAUAGGCUCUGAUGAAGGAAUCUAUGCUUGGGUUGUUGCUAAUUAUGCACUUGGCACUCUUGGAGGUGAUCCCUUGGAUACAACUGGGAUUAUUGAACUUGGUGGGGCAUCUGCUCAGGUGACCUUUGUAUCUAGAGAACUGACACAAUCUGGGUCCUCACACAUUGUUAAAUUUGGGAACACCACUUACAAUCUUUACAGCCACAGCUUUCUACAUUAUGGCCUGAAUGUUGCUCAUGACUCAUGGAGAGAAGCACUUGUAACAAAAAAUUUUAACAUGGCUUCUCAAUCUCUUCAGGAGGGGUUGCGAAUAGAUCCUUGUACUCCUACUGGGUACUUGCAUAAUGUUGAGUCAUGGAAGUUCUCUCCUAGCUCAGGGAGUGAUCAAAGCCAAUAUCAGCCAACUGUUCAAACGAAAGGGAACUUUUCAGAGUGCAGAUCUGCAGCAUUGAUGCUAUUACAAAGAGGAAAAGAUAAGUGUACCCAUCAGCAUUGUGACUUAGGAUCAAAUUUCAUACCUCACCUUCAAGGGAGAUUCUUGGCCACAGAAAAUUUCUUUCACACCUCAAAGUUUUUUGGAUUGGGGUCAAAGGCAUAUCUGUCCGAGUUGAUGAGUGCUGGGCAAAAUUACUGUGGGGAGGAUUGGUUAAGGCUAAAGAAAAAAUACAUUUCUCAUGAUGAGGAAGAUUUACUUCGAUAUUGCUUCUCUUCAGCAUACAUUGUUGCUAUGCUUCAUGACAGUCUUGGCAUUGCUUUGAAUGAUGAAAGGAUCAAGGUUGCUAAUAAGGUUGGAGAUAUUCCCCUUGAUUGGGCUUUGGGAGCUUUUAUUCUCCAAACCACCACUGCCACUGAUGCAGACGUACAGAACAAUCAUAGCUGGGGUGCCACCAUUUUCAGUGAUGAAUCACCUACUCUCCUCUCAGUAAUUGGAAUUUUUAUAAUACUGCUGUUAACAGCUUGGUCAAUAUCCAGGUGGAGGAAACCUCAGUUGAAGACAAUUUACGAUCUAGAAAAAGGGAGAUAUAUAAUUACGCGAGUUGGUAGAUAAUACAUAAUAUAGUAGACCAGAUCCAUGCUUCUGGUUGGCAUAUGUGGAGUGACAUUUAUCACCUUGUGGCCAUAUCACGACUCACUUUGAGUGAGACUGAGAUUGUACAUCAUUGGAUUUUGGAUUUUGGAUUUGGAUGCAGCAUAGUGGAGAGA